AUGCAAAAAAGGCUCCGCCCAUAUCUUCAAAGUUCACCUACAACCGCAUCAAAGUCUGCAUUUGCUGUGCACUACUUCCGCAUCAAGAUCACUGUAUUAUGUCACAGUUCUCAUAUUUUCUCUACCUACACCUACAAACGAGUCUACACCUAUCUGUAUCAAAUCUAUAUUUGGGCUCCAUCAAACUAUAUUUGCACAUCUGCGUUGAAAAUCCAAUUUGAAUCCAUAAUCAUAACUAAUCUUAAUACAAUUUUCAGAUACCCUGGUGUUGAGCCGGAGCAAAUAUUCAAUGUCAUAUUAGGACAUUAUAAUCCCUGCCAAAUAGACGAGUUGACAAAACGUGUUUUUGGCAUCCAAAAGGUUUAUAUUCAUAAUAAGUAUAUAACAAAUGGUACAUUUUUUGAUAUUGCGUUGCUGAAAUUAGAUGGAGAUGCUUCCAUGUUUACAUCUAUAUGCCUGCCAGAUAUACGAGGCGUAAGCAAACCUCGAGCGGCCGAAAUUGUGGGCUACGGCGCGACGGUGGAGGGUGCCCUCAUCGAACCGUGCGCCAUGCGAACGGCGAUCAUCAACCUGUAUACUAAACGCGAGUGCCGAGCCUCCGACAAUCCGCCCUAUUUUUGGGGACCAGGAAUACUGUGCGCUGGCAUCAAAUCUGGAUAUGUCGACAGUUGUCAAACACCACAUUGUGUACAAGCAGCAGAUAGAUUUUACUUAUGCUCGGUGUCAUAUGACAACAAUGUUUCAUAUAAUAUGUAUUAUACACCGGAGGGAGACAGUGGUGGCCCCUUACAAGUUCUUGUUAACGGAAGGUAUGUGUUAAUAGGUAUAGUUUCUUUUGGAAUCGGAUGUGGCCGACCAGGUAUGCCAGGAGUGUACACGGAUGUAUCAAAAUAUUUAGGAUGGAUUUCAACAAAAAUCAACGACAGUGCUGAAAUCUAA